CGCCGGAGCUCGGGGCGCGGGCGCUGGGCCGGCGGCUCUGGGCGCAGCAUGGCGGUGGAGGAAGAGGGCUUGCGCGUCUUCCAGAGCGUGAGGAUCAAGAUUGGUGAAGCCAAAAACCUCCCUUCUUACCCUGGGCCAAACAAGAUGAGGGAUUGCUACUGCACCGUGAACCUGGACCAGGAAGAGGUGUUCAGGACCAAAAUCGUGGAGAAGUCGCUGUGCCCCUUCUAUGGAGAAGACUUCUACUGUGAAAUUCCCCGGAGUUUCCGCUACCUGUCGUUUUACAUUUUUGACCGGGAUGUUUUCCGGAGGGAUUCCAUCAUAGGUAGGUGAUGGGGUGGAUGGCUUCUUCUCUGCCUCUUGGGGAUCAAAUCCCAUCCCAGUGGGAGCAAGGAGUGUCUUUCUGGUCGUCCCUGUUCCAAGUCACAGGUAGUUCUGAGUGAUGGGCUGCCCAUGGAGCAGGGCCUAAGCAGCUGCUGGCCUCAGUGGGCAUCUCCCCAUUCAGUGGAGGAAUUGUCCUAUCAGCAGGAACCCAUGCUGGAUUCCACACAUAGCCUCCAGUCUUGCGAGGCAUGGGCAAGGGCACCCCAAACCAUCCCCUAUGGCAUGUUAUCACCAGGCCUGCUUCCCAGGUUCUGUACAGGGUCACCCUCACUGCUCCUGCCAUGGCUUCCUUAUGGACCAGUGAAG